AUGGAAGAUUUUGUGAAACUACCCCAGGGGAAGAUGUCUGUGGCCGAGUACACUCUGGAGUUUGAUCGGCUGUCCAAGUUUGCUAGAGAUCUGGUGCCCACAGAUUUCACCAGGAAACAGAAAUAUGUAAUAAAGGAGCAGACUGCAAAGGAUGUUGUCACGGCAUCGAACCCUGCUGCUAGUGGUAAUAUAAGUAAAGGGAGUGACAGUGGUAACACUGAUCACAAACGAAAGGUUGAUGCUUCCAGAACAUCAGGGGGUAACAGGAAGUUUCGGGGAAACAGAGGUGGCUGCCAGGGCCGCGGAUCUUCAUUCCGAUCUUAUCUUGAGUGUCCAAAAUGCAAGAAACACCAUCAGGGUGAAUGUCGGGCCAAGACUUGUUUCCAGUGUGGCAUGGUGGGCCACUUCAUCAGAGAUUGUCCUCAGACUAAGAAAGAGGAGCCUAAGAAGAAUGUUACUCAGAACCCGAGACAACGUUUUACCAUGACUCAGGCUGACGCUGAUGCUAGUCCGUCAAUGGUGACAGGUCAGUUGUCUAUAAAUGGUUGUUCUUAUACUGUAUUGUUUGAUUCGGGAGCUACCCACUCUUAUGUGUCAAGUAGAGUAAUUGAAAAUUUUGAUAAACCAUGUGAUAUUUAUGCUUCGGGGUUUGGUACACAUUUACCUUCGGGAGACCUUAUAGUAUCCACUAGGUGGAUUCGGUCCUUGUCCUUCUGGAUUGAAGGUUGUGAAUUAACUGCCAAUCUAAUAGAAUUGCAACUGACUUAUUUUGAUAUAAUCCUGGGAAUGGAUUUUCUGUCUAAGUAUGGGGCAACGAUUGACUGCAAGCGGAAGAUGGUGGUGUUUGAGCCUGAUAGUGCCAACCCAUCAGUGUUUGUGGGUAAAGUUCAGGGGGCACGCAUACCAAGAAUAACACUUUUGAAAGCUAAGGACCUAAUGAGCAGAGGUUAA